AUGUACAGCCAGACUCAUUUCCACUCCACUACCCAUGAGGUACUAGGCAUCGUUGCCGGACGAGCACGACUGUGCUUCGGCGGCGAGGGGAACCCUGAAAGAUUCGAGCCAAUAGUGCAGAGUGGGGAUCUGAUAAUUGUGCCCGCAGGAGUCGGACAUCGAUUGUUGACCGACGAAGGAGAUGAACCAUUUCUAAUGGUUGGCUCUUAUCCACACAACAAAGAGUGGGAUAUGUGUUAUGGGCGAGCUGAUGAAACGGGAAAAGUCCAUGACAUUCAAAAGUUGACAUGGUUUGAUCGAGAUCCGCUUUACGGAGACGAUGGCUCUGCUGUGAACAUCUAG